UUGACUUUCUCGGCGAUGCCUUUUCCUCUAGACUACUAGGCCUAUUUAUGUUCACCGCAGCAAGUUUCAUGACGAUGGAAUCACCGAAAAGAUCAUGACAGUAUUUAAUCUGCCAUUCGCGCCUCGAUUUAAUCACGAGGUCCCCAGAAUGUUCUCUACUGAAUAGAUGUUGUCUUAUUCGAGACUCCUCAAAUUCGACUAAUUUUGCCAUAGUCAGCUGAUAGUAAGAUGUAACGAUGCGUCUUCGAUUGUUGUGUGAAUAUGUACAUGAAAUAAUUAAGAACUGGCAAAUAAUUUCAUUUUCUUGGUUGUGAAUUUCUCAAUCUGGCGCAUUCAAAUAAACUUUUCAAUUUGUAUAACAUCUCAAUCUACCGGAAGUUGGCUGUUGAAGUACCACGACCGAUUUUCGUCUGUAUCCAUUGUCGGUAAACUUUUUAAUUGUAUGCGCAAAUAAACAUGUGAACAUAACUCAGGUUAUAUAUGAUUAAUCUUUGAGAGUUUAAGCCUUGAAGUGUUAAUUCAAAAUUACAUCUUCUAUGUAUUACGCUGCAAAUUAGACGGAAGUAUAUGUGUGCAUGUUGCUUGUGUUCCCAAACUAGGAUUGUAUUUGCAACCUGAUUUACAUGUGAUACCCCUUCAUCCAUUCAAACUUGUUACUCGGUAGUGCAUUGUAGGGUGUAUUGGUAAAGGGUAAGUGUCAAGGUAAAAUCUUAACCUUUGCUAGUACCCUGACUGUGUACAUCUUUCGCCUGAACUGUAAUGUUUAUUUAUCCGUUGAAAUUGUCCUUUUUAACAGGUGUCAAUAGAUCAAGGAGAAUGUUUUGAUUGAUCAAAUGUGUUUCCAUAUCCAAAAUUGACAUAAGAAUACAUUUAACACAUUAGGCAUUGAGACUUGUUUCUAUUAUUAUGUAUCAUAUAUCCUGAAGAAUUGUGAAAUAGUCGUGACAUAUACCCUAUAUGUACAAAAGUGGUUGUAUAAAACGGAACCAAUGGAGAUGAAGCCUGUAGUACCACCAUCGUCAACGCAAACGUCCAAUCACAUAACUGACAGGUUGGACUUUGGCACUGAUAAUGGUGGGGAAAUGACGUCGGAGAUGCAGGAUGGAGAUUUAGAGGAGGGAGAAAUAGAGUCGGAGGCUGAGAGUGUGAAAGAUGCCUUGAACACAAUAGAACCAGAGAAGAUGUCAAUUACAGAAAAUGCAUCAGAACCAGAUAAUGUUCCAGAUGAAGAUGUUGAAUCAGAUGGAGAAAUUGUGUCAGAGGCUGAGUUAAAUGAGACGGAAACCAAGGCAGCAGUGCAUGAGGACAGAGAAAUUGACAGGAGGGAAAAUGAAGCACAACCUCCAAAAACAAUAAAGCGCCCCCGUGCUGUGCUGGAGCGGAAAGGGGAAGAUGAGUCUGAUGAUGAAGUGCCAGCAAAGUUCCUGCGUGCUGAUAGUAUUGAGAAUGUACCCAAGGAACCUGGAGAUGGAACCCAGGAAUUUGAGAUUAUAGAUGACCUGGGAGAGGUUGAAGGAGAGAAUGAAGGUGAAUUCUACAGCGAUGACGAUCUGGAAGACAGUGAAAUCUAUGCCUGGCUUGAUGAGGGCUUUGAGCGACGUACCACAGGAGACUGUCCUAUACAGAGAGAGAAGGUUGUUCUGACAGAGAGGGGAACCAACCCAUUUGAGGUGUUGCCAGAGGGCUGGGUAGUGAUCACCCAUAACAGUGGUAUGCCAGUAUACCUACACAAAGCGUCCCGAGUGUGCACCUUGGCUCGUCCUUACUUUCUUGGACCAGGCAGUGUCAGGAAACAUGACAUUCCUGUAAGUGCUGUUCCCUGUCUACAGUACAGGAGGGAGCUAGAUAAAGAGAGGAAUUCCAAUGAUCAACAGAGCCCAACUGUCUGUAAUGGUAAAGAUUCAAACAUGCCAACCGAGUCUGUGGAAGCACCGCCACUACCGCCACCAGAACCAAUCAGCAAUGGGGACACUAACGAGACAGUUUUGACAGGAGAACAGGAGACGUCCUCAGUCACAACUGUAGAUGGAACAGUGAUAGCCCCACCUGUCAAGAUAGAAUAUGCAGAGGACAGGAAGAGGCAGAAUACAAUAGAUCCCAAUGAACUUCGAGACUAUUGUGAAAAAGUGUUUGAAUUCAGGACAAUCACAGUAAAAAAGUUCAAAACAUGGAAGGACCGAAGGCGACACUUAAAUGCGAUAAGAUCACAGUCUCGUCCAGCCCUGCCAUCUAACACCAAGCUGAUAACUUGCAAAAUCCCACAAGUGAAAGGAGACGAAAAGCCUAAACGUAAAGAGUUCAUUUUGAAUCCAUCAGGGAAGUCCUAUGUUUGUAUUCUACACGAGUAUGCUCAGCACACACUCAGAAUUCAGCCUAGAUAUGUCUUUAAAGAACUAGAGAAUGCCCAGAACCCUUACAGUGCUACUGUUGUGAUCAGUGAUAUAGAGUACGGUACCGGGUAUUCCAGCAGUAAAAAGUCAGCCAAAAUGGCAGCAGCCAAAGAAACCUUGAGUAUACUUAUCCCAGAAAUGAGCAAAGUCACAGAUGAGAUCACCAAGGACGAGGACCUAUCGUUUUUUGAUGAGAUCAAGAUCGAGGACCCUCGUGUGUAUGAGCUAUGCAAUAAGGUGGGGCAGCCCAGUCCCUACCAGAUUCUGCAGGAAUGUCUCAGCAGAAACUACGGAAUGGGUGACACAAACUGUAAGAUUGACGUGAAAUCCCUAAAACACCAGAAGAGUGAAUACUCCCUGACAGUUGGAAAGCGCACAGUCACAGUGGUGUGUAAGAACAAACGAGAAGGUAAACAGAGAGCAGCUCAAGCCAUCCUACAGGAGCUACAUCCUCACAUUACAAGUUUGGGCUCCCUACUAAGGCUGUAUGGGCGCUCCUCAUGGAAAAAUCUCAAGGAAAAGAAGAGAGAAGAACAUUCCAUAACGGAGCUCCAGUCACAAGCUUGCUCAAAGAAACCAAAUACUGCAGUACUGGAGAAACUCAAAGAAGAAAUGGAGAAACUUUACCGUCAAAAGGAAGCAAUCAAAAGUAAAGGGAAACUGAGAGUGGACAGUUCUGCUUUACCAGGAACUGUGACAAGUCUGGACUUAUGACAAGGACGUUCUUCUUAGGGACCAUCAUCAUACAUUAUAUGUACAGAGAUCUCGCAGGCAGAUUACUAGCUGUGCUUGGAGUCAUACAUUAUAUGUACAGAGAUCUCGUAGGCAGACUACUAGCUGUGCCUGGAGUCAUACAUUAUAUGUACAGAGAUCUCACAGGCAAACUACUAGCUGUGCUUGGAGUCAUAUAUGUUCCAUCAUCGCCAUAAUUCCCAUUGAAUAAGAAAAUCCUAUUAAUUGAAGGAGGCCACCAAAUCUGUUCAUACACAGCCAUCGAUUCUAAUAAUGGAGGCCACCAAUUGUUUCUUAACUUUGGAGAACGCCAUUAUUUUUACUUUAUAUAUAUUUUUUUGCGAUUUGUUUGUGGUAGAUUUGCUUGUUACUUGAUGCUUUGAUGUAUAGACAUUCCAGUACACUCCAACAUACCUGAAGGCCAUGACAUGUAGCCUUCAUUUUUGUACGUUCGGUUUUGUUUUGUGCUGAAAACUAUGCGAUAUAGUUAUAAUUCAACGUGUAAAAGUGAAAUAGUUGCAAUUAUACUGUACAUUUUGUAUAUUAAAUUGUCGAUGAAUUGAGAUGAAGAAAAUUUGUGAUUUCAAAAAUGUUUUUGACAUUAAAUCUGAAUGGUUAUCAUUGAUAAAUUUAGUCAAAUGCAAUAAAUUGAUAACAUUAAUUCCUUUAUUGUUUGAUGUAAUUGUAAUGAGAAUAGGAAACAAGAUUGUUGAUGUAAUUGUAAUGAGAAUAGGAAACAAGAUUGUUGCAAUGAUACUGCUUUCUUAUCAAAAUUUGUAAAAAUGAAAUGAUUGGAAAAAAGUUAUGUCGAUGAAAAGAUGAUUUUAAACGUUUUUUUAUAUCAAAUCUGAAUUGUCAAUUGAUAAUCAGUCCGAUGUGAUCAUCUGAUAACAACCAUUUAGAUAUUUUGUGGUGUCAUUGUAAUUAAUACCACGCAUCAAAAUGAGUACAGUUGAUAUUAAUUCAAAUUACUUAUGUUAAAGGCAAAUCUUACAAUUUAAAUUUGGUUUUGCCAUGAAUUCUUACAUUAUUAUCAAAGUAGAAUCAGUUGAAUGCAAUCAUUUGUUUACAACUUUUACAUUAUGAAUAUAAACCUAAUACUGAUCACCUCUACCAAGUGCCAGAGAACUAAGAUCUGCUGUCAUCUAAUCAGUACGUCAAUACAUCACAAUUAAGGCAAAAAGUAAAAAAUAUUAACAUGCAGUUUUGUCAAAAAAAAGACCAUUUUAAUUUUGGUUCUCCACUUUACCCGCUCAUAUCUUUCAUGUCAUAUUUUGUGUACAAAUAAUUAAACUUUUCGAUGAUAGCCAUCAGAAGGCCCAAAUUGGCACCCCUUCUUUGCCCUCAUUACGGAGGAUGAAAAGGGCAAAGUUAAAUUAUCUGCCGUGAAAAUUUCCCAGUAUAUUGUAAUCUAUCAGUGAAUUAUAUUUUAUUCUUUGUUUAAAUCUAUAAGUCUCUGACUAAAGCACUAGUAUUGGUGUCAAACAUGUUCUGCAAUAUUUAUUGUAGCAGAUAUUUCCAGUAUUACAUUUGUUAAAUAAAAGUGUUAUCCUAAUCAUCAUUCACUUUCACUGAUCAGCUUAGUAGGCCCUCUGUUAAUGUUGGAGAAUCAGGAAAAAUUGUGAUAAACUUUUGUGUUCCUUAUGCUAGUUUGCAUAUGCACAAACAUGUAGUAUAAAAAUACUAAAAACAAAUUAUUGGAAAGAUCCAACAAGAGA